UAACAAUGCGUCUUGUGACGUAGAUGAGGAAAACAUCUGAAAAAGAAAAUGAAAAAUAAAAAAGAAAAAUGGGAACAUAUCGGAUAUUACUGGAUGUGAACAAAGAACAAGAAACUGCCAUCAAGGAGCUAUUUUCUGUCAGAGGAUGGCUGUUUCUGUGUCAGACUUUGUCAGACCAACACUCCCAACUAGAGAGUUUAAGCAGCCAUGGCAGGGGUGAUGUGAAAGAUAUAACCAAAACUCCAACUACAGACCGUCACAUUUAUGUGGACCGAUUUUCUCCACUCACUCAGACACUGGAUAAACAACAUAAGAACAAUGAAGUAGAAAGCUUGGAAGUUAAAUGCGCUGAUAACAUCGAGGGUCAAGAAAGUCAAAGAGUCAAUUCGAAAGAGAGUUCUGUUGCAAAAAGAGUAAACAUUGUAAGAAAUCCCACUGGUCUUAUGGUUAAAAAAAGGGCCAUACCUUUACCCAUUCAAAGUAAAAAUACAAAUAUUAAUAAUACAGCAGUAACAUCUAGUACUGACAUCGUACAGGAAGUCAGAGCUCCAAGAUUAAAGACCAGAAAACAGAAUCUGAUACCGAAAGUCGAUUAUAAUAGUCAUAUUGAAGAGCUUAAUGAUAAAGCUGAUGAAAGACGUAACCCUAGUUCUACUGAGAUUGAAAAUAAAGAGAGAGGUAAAUAUAUCAAACAAAAACUUAUCAUGAAAGUAAAUGGUAGAAAACAUACAGAAAAAGUUAGUGACCACACAGGAAUUGCUUUACAGACUAGUUCUACUGAAAGUGGAAACUCCAAAAGAAUUCCUAAAAUGAAGGUUACAGGACAGAAUUUGAUAACAGUAGCAGAUGGACAGAAAUUGAUACCAGUAGCAGAUGGAAUUAAAAAAGUUGAAGCAAUGAGUGAUGGCACUGAUGUUCGAUACAAGAUAGUUCAUGUUUCAUUGUCUGACUCAAGAUUAGGACCCAAGUUAAAGAAAUUAAGUGUUGAUCAAAACUUACAUGGACAAAAAAUCAAGCAAGAAAAUGUUAUAAUAGCUACUCUGAAAAGGGAUUUUGCGAUCAGAAAAGAGAAUGCCAGACCAAUAGAAAAAGAUAAUGUGGAAACUGAGAAAAACAUGGUCAAAUUAAAAGAAAAAAUAGUCAAAAACAUUGUUGUUCAAUCUAAAAAAUCUAGUGACAGAGUCUUUAAGGAAAUGGAUCAAAUUGUUGAUAGUGUUUCACAAGGCAAGCAAAGAUUAAUUAAGGAUUCUAGUGUUACAAGAAUGCGUAGGCCUGCUUCAGGAUUUGUAGAGCAGAAAAAGAAAAUGGACAAUAUCCAAAUUGGUAUAGAAAAGUGUUCAAUACCAGAAACUGAUAAAAAUCACAGUGCUCUUGGUUUAAAGACAUGUUUGAGUAGUGUUGAAGAGCCUUCAGAAAAUGGUGUGUCUAGUUUAAAUAGUAUUUCAUUUACAAAACCGACUUACCAACACUGCCUUUUUAGUAAUGGCAAUAAACUUACUGUACCUGUAGACAUUUUGAAUAGUAAGGCAUCAGCAUCAGUAAAAAUUGACAACAAAGAAACAGAACAAUUUCAAAGUCCAAGAAAUAUUCCUUCAGUUAUGAAUGAUGCAGUAAAUUUUGUCAGUGAAAAAUCAGAAGAGACCUCAGGCUCACUAUGUAUUACAAAUCUUCAGAGAAAAAAGAAACUAUUAGAACAAACAGCAUUAUCAAAAACAAUGAGAAAUAAAGUGCUGCAGCAAGAGGAAAAGAUUGAAAAUAGUGCUACAACAGAUCAGACAGAUAUAGAGGGAAAUGAUCAAAACUUAAAGACUAAGGAUCAAUCUAUGUUAGGAGGACUGUCUUUAAACACUCUGUUAUCACUUACUGCAUUGAAGGAAAAAGCUGACCUUCAGGCCAGACAAGAUAUUGGAAACACACUGGGUCAAAGGUUUAGCAGUGUCCAAUUCAAUACUCAAACAGAGGCACAUAGUGAAAAUGAACACAAAAAUGCAGAAAGCUUCAGCAAACUGAAAGAAAAUCAAAAUAUUUACGAAGCUAAAAAAACAUUUAAUUAUACCAACAAUCAAAGGCUAGUUAAUGAGGCUGAGAGAUUCAAUUUUGCACAAAGAAGAGAGGAACCUAAGUUGCGGAGAAGUUUCAGCAAUCCUGAAAGGAAUACAAACAAAUUUAGCAAAACUGCAACACCCGCUAGUGAUAAAAAUCUCAACUUAGAGAAGUCAGUUCUGAGCUUACUUCCGAAAGAAAUUGCAGCAAAUGUCCGAAACCAGUUAAAAAUUAGAAGAACCCAGUCAGGUCCAAAGUCGGGAAGACUGAUUUGCCCAUACUGCCCGAAUCAUGGACUGGUUAAUCCCAUUAGUUUUAUCAAACAUCUUGAAAGACAUGCAAAGGGGGAUUACAAAUGUAAAGGGUGUGGGAAAGAAUUCACAGACCAAAGAAACCUCAAUGCGCACAUGUACAAGUCCAAAUUUCAGACGUUGAGUUGUGAACUGUGUGACUUUGUUGCAAAGACAAAAUGUAUGCUGAAAACACAUCACAGAGAAACUCAUAUUGAAAAGGGGAUUCAGUGUCAUAUUUGUGCUAAAUUGUUUAAAGCCCGAUCUUACUUCAAUGUUCAUUUGCGGGUCGUCCAUAAAGUUGCAGAUAGUAAGACAUUAGAGUGUGGACUAUGCGGGACGCUUUGCAAACGACCCUUUUACCUUGCAAAACACAUGAAGGAACAUCACCAUGGGCAAGUAGAGCCCUUGAAAUGUCAAUUUUGUUUAAAAACAUUUAGAACUCGGAGGGAUUUGAUAGUACAUGGGCGAAUUCACAGAGAAAGAAAGUUCAAAUGCACAUUUUGCGCAAAGAAGUUUAUGUCCAAUGCUAAACUGCAUAUUCACAUGAAUGUUCAUUUGGGUAAAAAGCCAUUUGAAUGUCCAAAAUGUGACUACAAGUCGACACAGAAGGGGAAUAUUGAUCUGCAUUUAAGACGUCAUGAGAGGGAAGAAGAAAAAAUUGAAAAAGAUAGUAGUUAUGCACCAAAGAAGAAGUAUUUACCAGCGGAAUCUAACAAUUCAACGGACAAUGAGCUCAUCCAGAAAUCAGGUUUAACUAAUCUACCAAACAGAAAGAGGUCUAUUGAGCCUCUUCCAGGCAUUAAAACAAUGAACAGAAUGAUUCAUACUCUAAGUGAACAGACUGAAGUGUUUGAUGACUGCAAUGAUGAGACAUUCCAAACUGAAGGUUUUAGUAUACAACAGUUUUCUUCUCCCUAUGAUGAAUAUGAUGAAUUGGAGGAUGAAAGUGAAAGUGAUAAUGAUUACACAAGUGAAGAUGAAAACUUUGAUAAGGAAUCUGACGGUGUCUCUAAUGGUGUAAAUGAACAAUCGGAUGAGAUGCAUGCUGCAUUCACUGCAACCAAAGUUGUGGAUCAUCCACACUAUGACCAAAACUUGCCAUACAAGCCAAAUGCAAGUCAUGUGCCUCAUGUUAAUAGUGUUGCCAGUAAUUAUGAGGAAAACUUCAAAACAGAAAAAUAUUUUGAUAAUCAUCAAGCCAACCAAGCUCCAAAUAUUGAGAAUUUGAGCACAUCUGACAUUAUUAAACAAUUUGGGCAGCAAGGAGAUUUAGAACUAGACACAGAAGUGUUACUAAAUAUUCAGAAAUAUGCUCAUAGCUUUGAAGAACUUUUAAAGAACACUCCUUACGAUGUAAACAGUCAGUAUGGAAGCAAACAAACUAAGCAAGACUUUGGUGAUAGCGGUGCAAGUAAUGAGACUGUACCCACGCAACCUGUGGACAACCAAAGCAAUUGGAAUUACAACCUGCCAAAUAAUUCUGCCACUGGAGUAGAUUAUGACAAUGUCGACUUGAGUGGAUUUUACCAGGCAGUUCAGAAUCUGGCUUAUUCGGACUGUGCAAGUUACUUUGAUUCAAAUGGGCAUACAAGUGCAAUGACGAAUCCAGGGGGUUCGCAGAUGAAUACUGAUCAACAAACUAGUAAUACUCAUGAUUACUACAACAGCAUGCAAGACCCAAACAAUUACCAGCCGUCCAUGGGACCAGCAGAUACCAGUAGUCAAUUCAACAAUCCAUCAAACUAUCCUGAUCAGUUUGACUACAAUACAAUGAACUAUAUGUAUAACAACCAAACUUAUCAUGAUCAUUUAAAUCAAGUAGGCAGGCAUCCACCUCAUCCACCUCAAUGUCAAGACCAGCUUCCUGAAGGGCAAGGUCAUCAAGCCCAAAGUCAGGAUACAAGUGAAGGUUUCUCAUCUCAAAAUCUGUCUCAUUCAUCAACAGAGCAGGAUCAUGCCCCUCAAGGUCAAUUCCAUAAUCAUCAAUUAGAAAUCCAUCCCCCUCAGGGUCAUUUUCAAGCACAUCAGUCCGGAGAUCAAGUUCAAGGUCAUCUGUCUAAAGGUCAAGGACAACCACAGUUUGACCAGCAAACAUACAUGGACUUGCACACAAAGUCUUUCUUAGAUCAGUUCCAAAGUAACACUAAUUAGAAAUGUAAGAUUUAAGGACAUUAUAUAAUCUUACCCUUGCUAAGUUUGCAUUACAAACUAUAUAUUAAUAAUAUUGGACAAGUACAAGGAGAAUAUGAAUGAUUUGAUGAGGUCCCCUGCAUUACUUUGCAGGCAUAUUAUGAUAUAGAGCUCAUGUUAUCAAUGUCAUCGUCAACUGCAGCAUCACACUCGUGUCUACUUUCUAAUUAUUCUUUUUCAAUCUUGACCAAACUUGUUUACAAUGUUUAUUGGCAUAAUAUCUUAUCUGAGUUCGGUCAAAAGCCAGAUUGCAUGGAUAACUCUGGAGCUAUAGCCCUUUGUCAAGAUAUUACAGUAUUUGCUUGACCACUCUUAUUGAGCGUGUCUGAUUCAAUCCUAACCAAAUGCAAAUGUAGUCACAAUGUGUACAUGUGCAUAGUAUCUUAAACAACCUUAUCACUCUUGAUCCAUUCCAGUGUUACAGCCCCUUUACUUGUCAAAAAUUGACUUAAUUCUCCAAGUGUAUGGACCCUGAAAUACUCGAUCCAUUUUCAUUCAAUCUGAGUUUUUUUUACCAAACUUGAUAGUAAUGUUAAUUAGCAUUUAUAAUGUUUGGAAAGGUUUGAAAACCUGGCAGAUUGCAACAUUCACUUCGGAUUAAAGGCCUCUAUUUUUUUUCAACCAACUCUACAAAUAUGCAUAAAUGUGUUUCAACUAUAAACUUCAAGUUCAAUAGUGACACAUAUCAUCCCCGUAGUAACUUCAUUCCCAUUCUCACAAUUUAUAACAUUUUCAUUUUUCAUUCCACAAACCGGGCACUUUAUGCAGGUGACAUAUUAAAUACGCAGAAUUCUAGUCUUGAAAUAAUUAAUUGCGAUAUAAGUGUUAAUGAUAUAUAAAAGAUGUAAAAUAAAAAGAAUAAAAAAUU